AUAAUCUAAACCUAGUACCAGAAGUCCCGACGUGCUUUUCCUUUUCCUAAGAUAGACCAAGAACAUCAAUUAUCAUGUCCUCGACGAUUCUGCCCGGAAAUAGAGGGCGUGCGGAUGACCAUGAUAGAGGUCGUGCAGCACGUCCGCGCAAGACGGGGGUGGCACGCGAUACGUCUUCCGCAGUGAAGAUGCCUGGAGGUCAUGACAUCGGAGUUGUAGACGAAUGCAGUGCGAUGCUUCAGAACCAUUAAGGGUUGGUUUACCGCUGUCAUAAUUUGAUACAUGUCUCUUUGAUAGAACGUCUCUUACCAGAUGCUGAAGUGGAAGUACAUCAUGAUUAGUAUCUCCAGAAAAUAAGUUCAAAUUGUGAAAUCCAUCGAAUGAUCCCAGUCACACUCACAUGCCAGUAUCCUGUCUAAGCAGCUGAGGACGACACGCAUGCAAACUACGAUGCUGUCGCUGCUUCCAGCAGCAGUAGAAUCGCUACAGCUACGGGCAAGUACGAACAAGAUGAACAACUUCUGGAAUUGCAGAACUACUCGGGAGGAUCAGCCGAAGACUUCAAAGAUAUGUUGAAUGCAUGAUGAAGAUUAGAAUUAGACUUUAUGCAGUUUCCUUAUCUUGAUAUCGUCUUGGUGAAGCUGAAGCAGGACCGGACUUGAAACGAUCUCUGACUAAGUCGACACCCUUCAACUUCAAUAAGUGUGAUAUUCUUGUUGGGUUGACAUUCUACGGUGGUCACGAACGCCCAUAUCAAUUGCACUCACAUGACAUUCUACGUGGGAUAAGGAUUGCUCUUAAUUGAUCAAAAUCGAUUUUUUCAAUAGGAGAGAACUCUAACCAACACUACCAUGGUUUGAACUUGAGACCGGAGCCCGUCAGAAGAGGAUUUUUUUCCGCCUUUUUCCUUGGGAUAUGGAGCUUUUUUGGCACGUGGAAUACUUGGUUGGUUCAGUUACCUCCGUUAACAAAAGUGCUGCUCGGCUUCAUUCUUCUAGCGUCGCUCAUGAUUCUGUGGCUCUAUCUUUGCAGUGGCGACGAAGACGACAACCUGGACGCCGUAAUGCUUAUGCUCGCUUCUUGUAGCUGCGAUGACUAGGUAAUUGUACUGACAAGUUUCAUGAUUGAAAAUACAACAGCAAAGCUGUAUAAAAAGUGGACGAGGCAAGUGUCUCGGUUCCAACGUACAACUACAACCACUAGCUACUCACAAUUACUACGUCAGCUCUUGUGGUGGUCUUCAAGAUAGAAGAUUAUGAUGUUCGUAACUAUUUCUAUGUCCUCCUCUAUACCAAACGACCACAGUGACGAGGACGCUUAUUUUCGAGCGGGAUAAUAGCUCGAUAUCCCAAGUAGGAAAUGAUUGGCAUUAAUGCAUAGCGGUACGUCCCAAGCCCGAAAUGAUUACUAAAGGAUAUUAGGUCUGUGUGCCUCAAGCAAGGGAAAUGAUUACUAAAGCAUUCUCGAAGAAAUACUGCAUCUAAUAAUUUUUAGAUUCUAAUUGCUUGCUAGUUAGGUGUGCUCCACCGAUAUAAUUAGAUUCUAAUUCAAAGGCGAACCUUAUCGCCUUCGCGCAGCAGUCUCCAGGAACGCCGUCACUUCGUGGUCGAAGCAACUACUUAUCUUCCCUGAUGAAGAAUGUGCAGAGGGUAGCAGCGUUAAGACGACCGUAAAUGUACUAUACCCGAGCAAGCAAGACCGUAAAUGUACUAUGCCCGGCCGUAAAUGUACUUUCAAUCAAGCAAGCGAGGCUCACAACCAAAGGAUAGCCGCAACCAAGGUAAGGGUUGAAGCAUUUCGUUUCUACGUGCUUUUCUUCCUUAGCAUCGCUAUCUCAGAUUGAAAUGCUUCAACCUCUAACAAGGGAUACCCUGUUUUUCUUCAUACCCCUUUCCUACAUAUUUAAUCCUACACCAGGAGUGCGAAAAAGGUGGCAAUGAUAACGUCUUCUAGAACGCCUUGUCUUCAAGACCAAGUACUUAGUAGUUUUUAUUCAAUCCUCUUCUAACAUCAGCGGCAGUGAUGCGAGGCCUUCAAAUGGGUGAGAUGAAGCAGCAGAAGAGUGACGAGGAGGGUCAGCAGAAGAGUGACGAAGAGGGAAGUGGUAUCUUUGAUAGGGUGCAGUAUGACGCGGUGCGGCAACAACUCGAAAACUGGAUGAGCAGCCAUUUUUCUAAGGCCACAAAAGCGAAUGCAUGUCAGCACCCUAGAUCUGACGCGGAGGCAUGAGAAAAAAUGCAAAGAAGGAAAAAAGGGAGAGAAGAAAGAGAUGCACGACAAUUAGGCAUACUGUGGUAGCUCUAAUGUUGCGCACGUCACUUCGACGGUCGACGAGACUAGUAGCAGUGGGGAGUCGUUUUGUCAGUCUGCAUCGUGCGGAGGAAGUGGAGGCGAGGAAGCCCAGAAAAUCCCAGAUACAGCACCGCAGGACAGUGAAUCCAAAGCCGCAGACACUGUUGCGCCUAAAAAAGGAGAUGAAGUAGCUCAGGCUCAGCCAGAACAGCCGAAGACUACGGAAGUAGCCCAGGAUCAACCAGGACAGGGACGUGAGACGAAGGCUACGGAAGUAGGGGAGCCAGGACAGGGAAGCGCACCAAAAGCAGCAUCGCAGGACAGGGAAUCCGCGAACACUGGUGUGCCUAAGGGGGAUAGAAAGAAGAUAUGGCUAGAGAUAAUUCAUCUUGCGUUGCAUCCCCGGAAAGUUGUACUCCCCUAGAAGUAUUACUCGAGAAGAGCUUCGCGUGGUUCUGUGAGUGGUUUUAAUCCAGCUCUGCUACAGUUUUAAGUACAAGUGAGUCCUGGCUUCAUCCCCUUGACAAUCUUAGACUAAGAUGAAGAGAUGAGUCAUGCUCUAAGUCAUGCGGUCGCAGUUGUAGCAGUCCCUGACGCGUCGAAGUGCGCGGGUGUGGAACACGCUGAUGCCAACCUACUUCCGAACCUCAAAACUUGGGUGCAGACGGGCCAGCUUUCAAACUAUGAAGUCUUCCGUUUCCACUCCUGAGGCAGAUCAUAGGGGCAAAGAAGAAUCAGUCUGCGUCAGGAUCUGCUGGGUGUAUGUAAAUCUUCCUUUGGCAAUAAGUAAUCCUUUGUUGAUUGUUCUCGUGCUCACAGAAGUUGAGAAACGCUGCCUGUUAGAGACGUCUAGUGAUGAUAAAGUAACUCUGUUGGGUUUUUGGUGAUGAUCCUUCUUCUUCUCUAUUUGUUCCUGUUCUUGCUACUCCUGCGUUAUCCUACUCUUGUUGCCCAUUCACUUUUUUAUGAGCUACUAUGUAACUACGAGUAGUUCUUUUCAUUUUGUUUGUCAGGACAAGAGCGGAUGUAUCAUGACAUGACAUUUCCCUCGAACUUUAGAUGUACUCAGUUAGGUUGCGUCGACCUGUAGUUCGUUGUUAUUAUGAACCAUCAAUUUUUAGACACAUUUAGGACAACUGCUGCAUUUAUUGACCAUGAUCCGAUAAUAACCUAGAGAAAAUAAAUAUCAAACGACACACAUUUCUUGGGGUGUAGCAUGUUUCAAGAGCUCAUCACUUGUUUUAUCUCACUGAUGAGUAGAUGUAGAUGCAGAUGUAAAGCGUGAAUUUUUGCACUGUUCUUUCUGCUUCAAAGCUUAUUAAGAACAGCUUAGUCGUUGUUUAUUUUCUUCCGUCUCUAUCCUCCCGACGGCGCGGUAGUUCAUAGGACUUCAUCUAAUCUCUGCUGGUCCUUGCUGCUGAAGACGACGCGGUGAAAGUUUGCCCUUCGGCCUACUUUCCAGCACUUGUGAAGGGCGACAGUGACGUGAAACUUGAGGGCUUGCACGAUAAGGGAGAAGCAGAAUUGCGAAAGCUGAUAGAAUACGGCGACCAUUGGGAGAAGUGGAUUAAGCCGUGGAUGAAGCUGAAUCCCGAAUGCUCAGGUAAAGUUAGGGCUUCCCCUGGAGAUAGUACAUCGAUCUUGAGAGAAUGCAUUAAAUCUCGUGGGAAGUGUUGGAGACAGCAAGACAGCAUUGAAGUGAAUGCAAAUGCACUACUUUAUUUCGUUAUGAUAUCAAUAUAACUCCACAGGGAAGUGGUCUUAAUAGGGAAGCUGCCGAAUAGAUUCGAGUCAUCAUUAUAUACAUAUAACUCAAAAGAUGCUUUUACAUGAGCACCACUAGAAUUACGGAGGAAGAUAUAGCAAAGCUGUGCACCUCACUUGCAUGCACCUGCGACAUAUAUUUGCGCGUGCAGUGUAUCCAUAGAAAUAGAAGGUAGAGCGAGUUAUAAGGCAGAGGCGUACGCCGUCCCGAUAACUUCCUCUUGAAGUGUAUAUUAUAAGUCAAGUGAUGGUAAAGAGAUAGGCAGUCUGCUGCUCCUCUUGCAUCGGAUACGUAAAUUCCGGCGGUGGUAAAUAGAAAGCAGCAGGAAACGUAUCUCAACAAGAUAGUUAUCAUCAACUUAGCUUUAGGUUAGCUCUAAUGCCGAUGGUUCACGAGGAGACGUUUACUACAUGCUUGAGGAUGAUCAUGAGCACAGGAACAUCCCUCUGACGCAGGCGUACAUGCUUAUGCGUUUUCUCGAGCGAGGGGGUUAUCUCACGGCUGUGCUUUCUUUAAGGCUCAACGUUCAUUCCUCAUUGAGGUUAGUCACUGAGAUCGAGGAGGGGCUCCCGUGGGGGAACCGGGGAAUAUGAAGGGAAAACAAAGGCGGGAGAGGCAUGGGGCCCUUCUCUUUCAGAAUCAGUGGCCACUGACUGCUGGUCUUUAAUUUCUGCAAGCUUUGACGCAGGUUUCUUCUUGCCGCUUUUGAAUGUUGCCUUCAGCAAUGCGAUGAGAAAGAAGCUGGCACAGGAGAAUCCGACUGCUGCAAGAGAGGAUAAGGAAAAGAAUAAUGAGGAGAGUAGUCGACAGGAGUCUCGAUUAAGUACUUCUAGUUCUUCAACUAUUGUUAAGGGCGGUAGCUGUAGUACUUCAUGAUCCGGCGUCAGAUAUCCUGAGUGGGUUUCUCUCAGUAAUGAUCAAGAGACUCCUAAGAGAUUGACUCUGCCGCGGAUAAAAAUUACGGGUCUCUGUCCCUAAUAAUAUUACUCCUAUUGACGAAACAGCUGCUAGUGAGGUACUCAAAAGACGGAGUGGCGGAAUCCCAAGUUCUGCUGCCGCAGACUCACAGACUGAGACCUUGUCCUAUCCACUAAGGGUGGUACCGUUCAAGCAUCCUCAGCGUCAUCGGUUGCCCUUUUUCUCCUUGAAAAAGGGACCAAGGAUGCGCUCAGAGACGCUAGCAUGGUAGCUCUAAAUCCAAAGGAGUUUGCUGACCUCCUUCUUUCUGAAGAUGAGCUGAACACCAGGGAUGCGCAACGAGAUGUGCAUCAGCGAACUUUCGGGUAUGCAAGUGUGAGCACAGCACUGAGUGCGUUCUACACGUUGCGUCGGUCUCAUAUGAAAAGAGAAUGGUUACUCAGACGAGAUAUUUUUACCUACUGCUCAAUAAGAAUCUAAGUAGCCACUUCUUAGUAACUUUGUACCCAAUUAUAUAUUCAGCAUAGUGUAAAUUAAACUAGCCUCCCAUCUGUAUUUGAUAGUUCGUGUCCAAUGUUAAAUUCUGCCGUGAGUACCGGUACCUACUAUGUAUGAGUAAAAGUGAUUUUUCGCAGCUUCAUAUGUGAGGGCUUAAGGGGAGAUGAUGCGAAGGCAAUGCCCGCAACGGCAGGCGACGUGAUGACCCCUGCCACGUCGACAAUGGAGACUCGAACUUUUGUCUCAGCAAGCCUCACGCUACAGGACUGCGCAAUUGGCUAAGGCUCUCAGUAAUGCAUCUUUAUUUUUCGGACUAUCCAGUAAUGUUAGCAAGCUUGUUGACGUCAUCAACAAGCUUAUCGACUAACAUCGUCAACAAGCUUGUUGACGUCGAGCCAUUUACUCUGUAAAGCAUUCUACAGGGAAAUUAUAUAAGUAAAUAUGAAUUCUUGAACUAGACCGACUGGACUAAAAAAGGAUAGAGAGAUCAUGGCAUCUCAAAUGAAGAACUAUUCCUCACCAGUCUACUCGCUUAUUUCAGUUUUGCGAAUACUUGAAUGAAUACUCGAAAGGUGCAGUGCACGGAUGCACAUUGGAGAGUUCUUCUAAAACGCGGAAUCCGCCACACAGUUUUUCGCCCUUUUAUGGGUGUCGUCUCUUCCAUCUUUCAGGGGAUCGAGGCUCCCUACACUGCUAGAAAAAGAAGAAAAAUGAGGAGAGUAAUACAAGGCAACGCGAGUCUCGAUUAAGUACUACACCGUUACACACUGUUACACACUAGAAGUACUCACUCUCGUUAAAAAGGAAAAGAGGCAGCCUUGAUGGCCUGUUGAAUGGGGGAAAAACCACAUCCAUUCUCUGGAACCGGUGGAACUGGAGCUCUGAACCAAGACCACCUCUGGAACCUGGUUAUCAAGCCUACGUUUGCUUCCCUUCUCCAGAGAGCUUGCGACAUGUGGGACCAUCCUACGGGACGGACAGUUGUGGCUCCGUUAGAUGCUUUUGCUUCUACUCAAAGGAAUAGUUGACUUCUGAAUUGUUCCUUUAGUUGUAGAUGCUGCACAAAGGAAUAACUGAGUAAGCCAGACCGACUACAUCAAGAUGACAUGAUCACUGUCGUGAGAGAAAUUAGCGCUGUAAUACUUACAACUAGAGUGAAGAUAGUUUCUAGUUCUACUUUCUUCCAGUAAAAAGAUUAGGUAUGUCUCUGAUUUGGGGCUGCUCUCUAUGGGCUUUUUGUGAGGGUGUAGAAAUAAUGAAGAUCCCCAGGAACGUCUUCCCCCAUGCGUGCCAGAACUUCACCAAUUCCUUUAUUUAUGAAAGUUCGUAAAUCUUCGAGGUCGAUAUGUAGAACCUUACGCGAUAGAUUUAGAUGGUGCCUUCAUGUUGGAGAACCUUAGUAGAUGCAUUCAUUUCAGAAUCGGGUGAGAAAUGCCUAAGUGCACUGUCGAAGGAGCGCGAGGUGGACCUCGAAAAGAGGUAUUCCGAAAUGUCCACGGUUUUUGAUUAAGGCCCACGAAGGCACUCAAUCUCAACAUACAGGCCGCCUAGUACUGCCUACUGUCACGACAUUUAGCUGCUUAAGGUAGAGAUAGAGAAGUUCCGUCUCAUCUAGGACUCAUCUCAUCUAGGACUCAUCUCAUCGAGCACGCUUCGGUUUAGAAAAGUUCAGUCCACUAUGGCACUUCCAUGGCCUGGAACGCUCACCCCCUCAUAGGAGAGCCAACUCCUAUCCUAGAGAAGUUCCGUCUCAUCUAGGACUCAUCUCAUGUAGGUCUUCUAUUCAGCCUUUCCCCACGCCUUUCCCCAACCAAACCUCACUCACGGGCCUUGACCCUUCUGGCACUUGUCUCACGCUUAUUAGCACGUUAUUUUUAAACUUUAGCAUUACUUUAACACGUUAUUAGAUUUUCAAAAAGACGCAAGAUUAAGAUUAUGUGAUCCUAGAGCCGCUUUUCUGGGCAGAAGAGGAGCUCUAAUUUGAGGACUUCCGGAAAGAUGUGAACCCCACUGAUGAAGACGGCGAUCCUAUUGGAGAGUCUAUCGGGGAGUUACAAGUCGUCGCGAUUCCUCGAGAUGAAAAGCACCUCUGGUUCGAUACCGCAUAUGUUAUGGAUGUUGUCUCUAUUCGGGUCACACGGGAGCCAGGCAGUUACUCGUAGCUGCUACAUGUUUCGAAUGAGUGAAUAAGUGACACGCUGUAUCUAGUCCAGCUAUCUUUUCUGCUCAGAACUACUAUGCUAUGGGCGCUGUUCUUGUGCUACGAUAUUAUUUAUAGUGACUGUAUAUUUAGAAGUACACCACUUAUCCUCUUGAUAGUCCUACUCUAUUUUUUUGUAGUAGGUACUACAAAAUAAGACUUCUUUCAGUUGCCAAUGAAGACGUUUGUCUUUCUUAAUGUGAUAGAGACAGACCCCGCGCUGGGUGUAUCACCUCCAUAGAGGUACUAAGUCUUGAGUACUAUUUACUAGAUAUGCGACAUCUAUAGAGAUAUGUCUUCACUGAACUGCAUUCAUACUUCUGUCUGGCUGGUAUGGCACACACAUCGCCGAGAAUUCCGCCGCUGACCAAGCCAGGCUCGCCAAUGGCGAGAUCUCGCACUACUCGACGGAAGAUAAUUUCAAUGCUGUGGCUGCCGCGAAGAGACUCGACAAUUUUCCGCAAGGUAGUGCUAGUUUUUAGAUACGAUAAUGGCUCACUUGGGUGCUUGCGGUCGGUUCCGAUUGAUAGAGCAAUCUCCAUCAAAAACAUAUCACGUUGUAUAUCCACAUACUUACUAUCUUUCUACUAGUGCAGGAUCCACUACCUAGUCUAACGCCCACCAGGAGGCGUCAUCACGAUGCACAAAACAUGACUCGUGGCCUGAAAGGGACUACUGAGACACCCUAAUUCGCUGCUUCGGCACCAUUAUUGGUGUUCUCUUGUAGUAGCAUCCAUAGACGGCUUCGGCUCGAGUAACAUUCAUGUACUAGACUCUGCAUAGUAAUAAUAAUUCAUGUACUAGACUGCACUCGACGCCACAAGAGCAGACGGGAAUAGAAGAGGUGAAUCUUACUUACAUUUAGAGUAGAACAUUUUUAUAGAAAACCUAUAGAAGUUGUAGAAGGGAAGACCGAGGAAGUAGAAUAGGGACCGCUCUGGCCGAAGCAUGUACAUGUACUGAAGACUUCUACACACAGGCACUAGUGAGAAUUGUUCGAAUAUUUUAUAUGGGACAGUGAAACGCUCUUGAAAGACAAUAACCCACCCAUCUCCCCCUCCUCCCUUGUGCAAUACAGUUUUACUUACCCCAAGAAUGGGUAAACUCCUACUACUACUACAUGCUUUCUUUGAAGUUGUCGUUGUAUGGGGUUGGGUGGACAAGAAGUCGAGAGUACUGACUUGUACCCACAGGUGCUGUAAACACGAAGUCGAAGUUUCCCUACCGUCCAUAUGCGUGGAGCCAGUUGCGAAUCCUUCCUCUUACCGCGUUUCCGGAUCCGACCGACCCGCGUCUAAGCGAAGCUGCCGGCAUUAAGAAAGUGUGAGCGUGAUCCCGCUCUGUAGUGUGAGUAUGUUACCUGAGUACUAUGUAUAGGGAAAAAGGUUCGGGUAUAUAUAAUGCUAACUUCUAUCUUAUCAUGAAAGCAGGCUUACACAACUAUGAAAAUUAUUUAGCUCGAAGAAAAACUGAUAUAAAGAAAAAGAGGGUUAAGAUUCUCAGGGUAGUAAUCAGGGUAGUAAUUGAGAGCCUCAGGAAGUUUAGGUAUAACUGGAAAUAAUUGAGCCAAGCUCAACCUCAUCCAACUUGAUCUAGAGCGAGAAAAUGAAAAGUCUUUUGCAAACAAAAAUCCAAAAUUGAAAUUGUAUUUGUAGCAGCACGAGAGUUUCGCAAACUCUCUUGUGUUUCCCUAAUACAGUGUCUGGUUUGCUACUAUUCGAUCCUAUUACGCACUUUUUUGCGUCUUUUUUUUGCAAAAACGUAGCAAACUCUUUUGUGUUUCUCUAAUAGAUACAAAGAGUUUUGCUACAAAGUUUUCUCGAAAACAAUGAGAAACACUCUUUUGUAGAGAACGAGAAAAGCCUUUUGCAACCAUUGUAUUUGUAGCAGCACUUUAAGAAUAGGGAGCUCCAUUUCUUGCGGCUUGGCACCUCCGCGAAGAAAGUAGCUGAGUCAGUGGCACGGGCACAAGCUAUCCGUCAAAAACUCGAACCAUUAUUAAGGCAACCAAAGGAAGAAGAAGUAGAAGUCGGCAAGGAGGCGGCCACAGGCUACAUUUAUUCACUCACUCAAGAGAGCAUCCUGAAUUUUUUUUCCGUCAACUACUUACCUGAGUCUAGUACCUCAGCGCCAUCCGUUGGCGUUGUCCUUAAAGACGGAGGCGCCAAGGAUGCAGUUACUUAGGGAUAUUCGAGAGGCGCCAAGGGUGCUCUAACAUUAGUGGCGAGUGCUGUAGAUUUGGUAUACGAUGCGACCUCCCGAACUGAAACGACGCUUACGAGUGGUGAGCAACCGGAGAAGAGGAAAGGAAUGAUGGCAGGGAUGAUGAGCGCGUUGGGGGGGAGAAAGAAGAACGAAUAGCUCUAUAACGAGGAAUGUGGAAAAAAUGUGAGAUUGAAGCUGUUGACCUAUGUGCAAUUGUUACAGAUGUGAUCUAGUGACGCCGCAGCACAUCUACCUGUAGAAAGAGUGUCUCUCUGGGUGUUUACUAGAGUUGUAGGUAGAUCACGCAUGUAUUUUUCGUUGACAAGAACUCCAUUCCGGAAAACUACUAGCAACCAGUACUGUUCGCAUUGGUUAGAUUAUAACAGAGUAGUUCAUAGCACGCAUGGUGCAUGGAGUAGCAUGGAGUGCAUGGAGCGCAGAGCUUUAAGGGCGGGGCGCAAGAAGCUCCCCAUUUAGCUCCAUGCUACUCCAUGUGAUCCAUGCACUCCAUGCCAUGCGAGCUGCGAAACCUUAUAAACUGCUCUAUUAUAAGAAAGCAGGGCUGGCGUCGAUUGCCGCUCUUCCAAACAAAAAAAGGUAAGAGCAUUCUAUCUUGUGGUUUGCAGUAUUCUUCGUUAACAAUAGCUCUCCACUACAGGGCAACGUCGAAACCUUGCUGUAGACAGAUAUUUGUGUAGAUAAAUUAGAUCAGAUGAUAUUGGAAAGCCAAAAUAAGGUAGAAAUGUAGAUAGCAUAUUUAGUCCCGUUAGUUUUUUGUGGGCCUAGUGGUUUCCUGUACAAUACUGGUAAGUAGGCAAAUUAUGAUGCUGAUUUAUCAGGACAUGAGGAGUUCUACUAUCAGACUCGACAAUCACAUAACAAUGUGUAAGACGAAUGACGACCACUUUGCUCGUUUGUUCACAGAACUUACUUCACAGAACCACCCAUAGGGUUCGUAGUAGUAUCUCGAAACUUUCCCCCCUUCCCCCUCUCUCUUCCCGUCUGUUCAAGUUACCCAACGAAUGGGUAAACCACUACUACUACCAGAGUCGCAGAACUUAGACUUUAUGACCCAGGGCGAGUUUUUGGCUAGUGUAUAAUAUAUCAUUCUGCUGACAAUGGGAGAGAAGUGCGUUGAUGUAGACGAGAGCCAAGAAAUGACCUCACAUGGCUCACCGUGCAUUCGUAACCUGCUGAGAUAUAUGGACUACCUUAUUGUUAGUCGGUUUGAUUUUCGGAACACGAGGUCGCACUAUCAUAGGGUUUAGGGGCCAAAGAGAAGCGAAAGAGACAAGGUUGUGCUCCAGGUCAUCAUUUCAGCAACACACGAGAUUUUUGUGUUGCUGAAAUGAUGACUGUGUUUGCAAUUUGUCAAUUUUGCAAUUUGUUGCAUUUCAGCAGACACAGCUUCCGUUCUCGGUUCCUUGUGCUUAGUUGCCUAGCCUUCAGGUUUUCACCUCAAAGCACAAUCAUCAUUUCAGCAACGACAUUUCGAAGUCAAGUUUUGUAGGCUGAGAUGCGUGGCCGUGUCACUGCGCGGCAGGUGAGUGACCGUUUCCGAUCAUAGCCUCUAAGCAUGAUGUAUUUUUGAGGGUC